CACAAAUUAUCCUGAGCAGGAUUGUGCUUACCCAGUGCUUUUGUCUCCAUCCAAAGCUGAAGAUAAUAGAUACGCAUCAGUGCAAUGUUUAUCUGUUGGGUCAGCUGUCUGCUUUAAAAGUGUGAUAAAGGGGAAGUGACCAACAAAUCACUAACACUUAAUGAUUUACUAAGGGUUUAUAUUAGUGGACAGACUGAACAAAGAGAAUCAUGUGUGCCUUUGAGCCUGAACAUGAAGGGGCCUCUAUGUCUGCUGUUGGUGCUUCUCACCUGGGUGUCUGAACCUGCUGGAGCAGCAGCACUGGAUACAAACAUUCCCUCUGAUGCUGGAGUCUGGACAGAGCAUGGUAACGAGAUUCAGAACUACAGUGCCCAGACCGUACCACUGGUCUGUCAGCUCAGCACCUGUGAGUUCCUGCUGAGCGAGUUGGGGGCUCUGCAGGAGAAGAUGGAGGCCAUGGAGGCAAUGUUGCAAGCCCACAAGACUGAGAUUGAAGAACUGACGGAAGGACACAGAGUUCAAGGACUAGAAAUCCAAGCUCUGAGGCACCGGUCAAACUUCACUGAGGCUGAGCUGAGAGAACACAGCCGACUGCUGGAGGAACUGAGCAGAGCCAAGCCCAAGGUGGCUUUUGCGGCAGCAUUGGGAGACCGAGGAAAUGUGGGUCCAGCAAGUAAUGAACACACCAUACCCUUUAAAAAGAUCUUAACAAAUGUUGGCAGUGCUUAUAACCCUUCAACAGGUGUAUUUAUCGUGCCGGUCAGGGGUGUCUACUAUCUCAGCUUCUCAUCUUACAGACCUGGGAGCACUGGAAGGAGGGCUUGCGUGAGCCUCUUCAGAAAUGAUCAGCGUUUACUGACGGCCUGUGAUAGAGAUUCAAAGGAUUCUACAGACAGUGCUGGUAACGGAGCUACUCUGCUCCUGGAGAAGGGCGACCACGUCUAUAUCACACUCCAUAGCGGCGCCGUAGUCUACGAUGAUUAUCAUAACCGGAGUUGCUUUAGGGGAUUCCUCCUUUUUCAGAUGUGAGAAGCAUGAAGAUAUAUUGUGCCAGUGAAAAUUGCCCGAGACACAUGGAUUUUCACAAUCUGUUGGCUGUGCCAAAUUAAUUAGUCUUAAUUGCAUGUCUUGCAUUUCAGAUAUGUGA